AGUGCAGGUUUUCUACAGGCUUUCUGCCAGAGUAUGUUGCUCUGGAUUUAUUACAUAACCGUGUAAAUGAUGUAAAUGGGACGUUACGCUCCUGCGAGACAGAACACAGGGCAACAAAAACAACUCUUCCCGUGACCCGGAAGUGAUUCACUCACAAAUACGCUUCAUGGUUUUCAUUCAUAAAGUGAGAAACGCUUUGGAUCAUUUAUCAAAACAAGAACAUUGAGCUAGUACGAAUUGAACAUUUCAGCAAACAAUGUUUUACCAUAUUUCUUUGGAGCAUGAAAUCCUGCUACACCCGAGGUAUUUUGGCCCCAACCUCCUCAACACCGUGAAGCAGAAGCUUUUCACAGAAGUGGAGGGUACCUGCACUGGCAAGUAUGGCUUCGUCAUCGCAGUCACCACCAUUGACAACAUCGGGGCGGGUGUAAUCCAGCCGGGGAGAGGAUUUGUCCUCUACCCAGUCAAGUACAAGGCCAUUGUGUUCCGCCCAUUUAAAGGGGAGGUGGUUGACGCCGUGGUCACUCAGGUUAACAAGGUCGGAUUGUUCACAGAAAUUGGUCCCAUGUCUUGCUUCAUCUCUCGCCAUUCCAUCCCUUCAGAAAUGGAGUUUGACCCCAACUCCAAUCCUCCUUGUUAUAAGACAGUUGAUGAGGACAUUGUAAUCCAGCAAGAUGAUGAGAUCCGGCUAAAGAUUGUGGGAACAAGAGUGGACAAGAAUGACAUCUUUGCCAUUGGCUCUCUCAUGGAUGAUUAUCUGGGUCUUGUGAGCUAAAUUCGCCCCAGAGGGAGCACAUUUCACAUGGGACAUUUUAUGUAGUAUGCUAGUUAUUUUUGUUGUUGAAAUUAAUAUUUUUGUACACCUAUAAUCUGACAUCAUUUUGAUAUAAUGCUAAACAUAUUACAUUUGUUUUUUUAUUGGACCCAGUGUAAGAUUAAAAGAAAUCUCAGGAGAAUGCUUGAUAAAUUUAUAGUAAGAUGACAUACAAUGCAGAAGCUUCAAGGAGAGGAAAACAUGGACAUUCUCACAAUUGUUUGUGGUGCUGGAAGUAGAUCCCCUCCAAUAUGUACUUUUUCAAAAAUAUGACUUAUUUCUUUUUUAAAAUACAAUGCAGGAAUAUAUUAAUGUACUGUUUCUUUCAUGUAGAAUUCACAAUUUCUAUCAGUAAGCUCUAUAUAUUUUUUUUUUUUUGUAAGUUGACUGUAAUAAAAUAUUUGUUA